ACCUUCUUUAACACACUCUUCAUGACCUAAAUUUUGUUAACUGAGAGUAAAUUAAACGCUCUUAUCAUAUUUAAUCACAAUGGUAUCUUCCCAUAAUCAUAUUGUUAUGACGUAACAAUAAACAUAAUAUCAUUGGUCGGUCUCCUUUGCACGCGUUCAGUAACGAUCGGUCUGCGCUGGGGCACACUCAAGCGCAUGUUUUUAUUUUUAAAUAUAACACCUUGAACUCUAAAUAUCCGUAAACAUCUUAAAUGUUUUAGCUUAUAGCUAAUGUUGUGCAAGUGCAAAAAGUGCAGUGAAACAGGAUGUACGGAUUCAGUAAAGUGGGAACGAGGCAGGUGAUGAGAUGGAGGGAGUGCCGGUUGUUUGACAGAGUGAAAUAUCAUUCUGGAGCCGGCGUGUUCGGACAUCGACCUCGGACAGAAAGCCAGUGUGAAACUCCACAAGAGGUAUUUGUGAAGAGGUACGAGAACUGCCGCGCGCAACAACUAGUGGACGCCUAUCGCACCCACGGGCAUCUUAAAGCUACCGUCGAUAACGUCGAAUACAAGAGCGUUGACAGGAACGUGAAAGUACUACAGCCGUCCCGAUACGGGCUGUCGGCGCGGGACGCCGUGGACGCAGGCAUCGUGUACGGCGCCGACGGCACGCGCCCCGUGGCCGACCUCGUCGAGCAGCUCGAGCGGAUAUACUGUGGAUCGAUUUCUUAUGAAUUUACACAUUUAGAGACAGAAGCCGAGCGAGAAUGGUUUGCACAACGAGUGGAGAGCGGAGUAGACCAGAUAGACAAGACACGUCGUCUAGAAAUAGCCAAAGAGCUGCUGCAGUCACAGGCGUGGGAUAAGUUCUUAGCGGUGAAGUUCCCCUCCGUAAAGCGGUAUUGCGGGGAGGGCGCUGAAUCGCUUCUAACGUUCUUCUCGACGUUGUUUGAACUGACUACCUCAGAGGGAGUCCAGCAUGUGACAGUGAACAUGGCACAUCGCGGAAAACUGAACACGCUGACGGGGCUGCUGGGCUGCCCGCCAGUUAGGAUUUUCCACAAAUUCAGUGGGCAACCCGAGUUCCCCGAGGAGGCCGGCGCGGCCUGCGAUACGGUCAUGCAUUUCAGUUCUUCGUCAGAUAUAGUCCGGAAUGGUAAAACAGUUCGAUUUUCCCUGAUCAACUGCCCGUCUCAUUUGGAGGCCGCCAAUCCAGUGUCUAUGGGCAAGGCGCGAUCCAAACAAUUGCAGCUGAAAGAAGGAGAUUACUCGACCGACGGCUCCUCCAAGAUGGGCGACAAAGUAUUAAAUUUGCAAAUCCACGGUGACGCGGCCUUCACCGGGCAGGGCAUCAACCAAGAGGCCCUCAUGCUAUCCCGCGCCCCGCACUUCGACAUCGGCGGAUCCAUACACGUCAUCGUCAACAACCAAGUCGGAUUCACAUUGCCUGCUCAUCGAGGACGGUCCUGCCGUUACGUCACAGACUUGGCGAAGACUAUAGCGUCUCCCGUCAUACACGUCAACGCCGACCACCCAGAGUUAGUCCAGAAGGCAACGAACAUAGCGUUUGAAUAUCAGCGGCGGUUCCGCAAGGACGUAUUCUUGGACUACAACUGCUUCCGGCGCUGGGGCCACAACGAGGUCGACGACCCCACCUUUACCAAUCCUCUGCUCUACAAGGUCAUACACAACCGCAAAACAAUUCCUGAUCUCUAUGCAGAAAAAUUAGUAUCGGAAGGUGUUAUGAAAGAAAAGGAAAUCCAAAACAUUUCAGCUGAAUACACCAAAUAUUUACAAUCACAAUUAGAAGCUGCAAAUUCUUAUAAACCUGAGGCUUCGUACUACCAAGAGCAGUGGGUCGGCAUGGGCGGUGCGCCGCGCGCCGUCGAGACCUGGGACACGGGUGCGGACCUGAAUUUACUGCAAACCGUCGGACGCGCCUCUGUUCACACUCCUAGCGAGUUUAACAUCCACCCACAUCUAGCAAAGAUGCACGUGAACAGUCGCAUAUCAAAAUUAACAGAUGGGAAAGCGCUGGAUUGGGCAACAGCUGAAGCUUUGGCAUUUGGUUCGUUGCUCAUGGAGGGUGUAAACGUGCGGCUGAGCGGCGAAGACGUGGGCCGCGGCACCUUCUCCCACCGGCACGCCAUGCUGGUCGACCAGGCCACCGAACACAUCUACAUACCGCUCAACCACAUACAUCCCGAGCAGAAGGCUUUUCUAGAGGUAGCAAACUCCAUCCUGUCAGAAGAAGCGGUGCUCGCCUACGAAUACGGGAUGGCGUACGACUCGCCCGCGAACCUGUGCAUUUGGGAAGCGCAGUUUGGAGACUUCUACAACGGCGCGCAGAUCAUCGUUGAUACUUUCAUCGCUUCUGGAGAAUCUAAAUGGAUGAGAAGCAACGGACUAGUAAUGUUGCUACCACACGGCUACGACGGUGCAUGCUCAGAACACUCUUCAUGCAGGAUGGAGCGAUUCCUGCAACUAUCUGAUAGUAAGGAGACAUCCCCGGACUCCGAGACUGUGUGCCUCCACAUCGCCAAUCCUACUACUCCAGCGCAAUACUUCCAUCUUUUAAGAAGACAGAUAGUGCGCAACUACAGGAAGCCGCUGAUGGUGGUGGCGCCAAAAAUACUGCUGCGGUUGGCCGACGCGGUAUCGCCUCUGCAGGACUUCGCGCCUGGCACACAUUUCAAUCCUGUUAUUGGCGACCCAUUAGCCGACCCCCUAAAAGUGAAGCGGGUCAUCCUUGUGAGCGGGAAACAUUACUACGAGCUGCAUAAAGAGCGAGUGCGCGCUAGGAUCGAAGAUGUAGCCAUUGUGAGGCUGGAGGCACUCAGCCCCUUCCCGCUGCAGGCGCUGCAGACCGAGCUCGACAAAUAUGCCAAUGCAAGAAAAUUUAUAUGGAGUCAAGAAGAACAUAGAAAUAUGGGAGCGUGGACCUUCGUCAAACCUCGUUUUGAAAAUUUAUUAGGCAGAAAGUUGGUAUACACGGGUCGAGCGGAGGCUCCAACACCGGCAGUCGGCGCGAGCGUGCUGCAUCGAAGGGAAGUUGAACAUAUUCUCCGAGAACCACUUUACAACAUCAAAUGAUGCGGUCCUAUUCAAAAUCAAGAGUCCACGGGAAAAACGUUCAGACUCGUUUUUAUAUCCACUCACAUUGUUAUUCAUAAAGUGGUAUAUAAUGCAAAUAUUUAAUAUGUGGUAAAAUAUCUAAUUUGUGGUUAUUAGGUAAUUGUUUUACUAUCAUAUGUAACGAACAGGGUAUUAUAAAGAUGCAUUUAUUUUUUUAUACUUGUAUACACACUUAAAGCGCGCGGUUGUUUUAUGCGAUAAACGUAUUAACGUUAAACGCGAUGCGUUUGCCGCACACCCGUUUUAAAUCAGAUAUAGGUAGGUAUUAUUUUAGGUACGCGGUAAACACAGCAGUAAGCGCAUUGUCAUUUGCCCUACAUUCCGUGAUCGUAUGCGUUUAAGGGUCUCCCCAAACCAGUCGACGCGGAGUCGGCUUUCGCCGAGUGUUUUACACCACACUAUUCGCAUUUAGCCGAUCGACCGUCUCCGCGGUUGGACACCUGCGUUUAGCAGUCUCAUCCUUCUUGCGGCCGUAGAGACGCCCGAUCGCCUGCGACUUGCUAUCGCAACAGUUGUAAAGCGACGGUCGGCUCUCCCGUGCUCCGUCCUGCCGUCGAGACGUCAGACAGCACACGUACAGCCGUUGAGUCCGACGAACAGAUGUAGGACAGCGGGUGAUCGGCAAUCGUAAAUCUCAUUUUUGGAGACUGGUUGUUAGUAACAACCUGAGUUUGAAAUUGAACAGACCUGUAAGAUUAUUUUCCUUGGUAAUUAUUACAUAUUAUAUAAUAACCUGUGAUGAUGGAUAUUUUACGUAGACGGGCAUGGAAAAAAAGGCUUACCAGCAUUUUUAUCGUAGCCUACUUGUUGGAAGAGCUAGAACAGCAGCAAAAGCGGAGGCGACCGUGGGUUAAUUUUUUGUGGCAAUAUAGAUUAAGUGAAGGUGAAUUUAAUUUACGAUAUCCUCGUUUGAGACUCGAUCCAAAAAUGUUUUACGAUUAUUAUGGAAUGACCGCAACAAAAUUUGACUUCUUAUUGGAUUUGCUAAGACGAACGGCUUCCGCCAGCUCUGACCGGUCCUUAUCGUAGGUACUCGGCCGUGAUCGGAGCCGUUCAACUCUUUCCGGCACCGUACGGCGGUAUAAGGAGAUUUAUGAAUGCGAACGUGUGCGGUAGGCUGCAAACAGCUUCGUACGAACGCGAACAGCUUUACGGCAAAACGCCGUUUUCCCGUCGAAAGACGUCGUUUCGCGUGGGCCGAGCCGAUUUACGACUUAUUCGCUCUUAUUGCGUUGACAUAAAGCUUUUUCCGUACGCGAUUUGCCGAAACGGCGUCGACUAGUUUGGGGAGACCCUAACGCUGCGUCUAUCGUAUCGUAUAAAACCACCGCGCGCUUAAAGAUUGUUUUUAAGGUGCUUUGGGAUGAUUUCGAACGAUAUAACCUACAAAUAAAUCAAUAAUAUUAUCCCAGCAGUGGUAUUAUUGUUUGAAUGGUAGUAUGUAUGAUGUGAAAAAUAUUUAAAUUUUUUGCACUAACAGUCGUUGUGAGUGGACUAAAUAAAACUCUAGUCUAGACCAGUUUUUUUCUAUAAUAAAUUAUACCUUUUUUAUACUCCAAAGCACCCUUGCCAAAAUUAAGUUGUAAUUAUUUUUGUUGCCAUAGUAAAUUAAGUUU